CGAGCUUCGAUUCCAUUCCGUUUCACUUUACCGAGGUUUUAUUUGACGAGGUUAUCUCUCUAGGCUUGUUUACAUUGGAACUGCAGCUGAUUAGAGGCGAAUCGGAUAGAGGCAUUUUUCCAGUGUUCAGUUGAAAGUGAAAACCAUAUAGAGAGGAUGCUGGAUGUGGUGGCCGUACUCCUGAUCGCCCUGGCGGUAGUCUUUUGGUUUGUGCGCACGCGAUAUAGUUACUGGACCCGGCGGGGAAUCGGAAAUGAUCCGGCUCGAUUCCCCGUGGGCAAUAUGGACGGGUUCCGGAAAACGAAGCACUUCAUCGACAUUGUUACUCCGCUGUAUGAGAAGUUUAAGAACAAUGGAGCACCCUUCGCGGGGUUUUUUAUGAUGCUACGACCCGUGGUUUUAAUCACCGAUCUUGAGCUGGCCAAGCAGAUUCUCAUACGGGAUUUCGCCAACUUUGAGGAUCGCGGAAUGUAUCAUAAUGAGCGCGAUGAUCCUCUGACUGGGCAUCUUUUCCGCAUCGAUGGACCCAAGUGGCGACCCUUGCGUCAGAAGAUGUCGCCCACUUUCAGUUCCGCCAAGAUGAAGUACAUGUUUCCCACCGUUUGCGCCGUGGGCGUGGAGCUUGGUCAGGUGUGCGGCGAGUUGGCGGAUAAUGCCAUGUGCGGCAUCAUCGAGAUCGGGGAUCUGAUGGCCCGCUACACAUCCGAUGUUAUAGGGCGAUGUGCCUUUGGCGUGGAAUGCAAUGGCCUUCGGAAUCCCGAGGCCGAGUUUGCCACAAUGGGCAGGAGAGCCUUUUCGGAGCGCCGUCAUUGCAAGCUAAUUGAUGGGUUUAUCGAGAGUUUUCCCGAUCUGGCCCGACUGCUGCGCAUGCGCCAGAUCCACCAGGACAUUACGGAUUUCUAUGUGGGCAUCGUCAGGGAAACAGUGAAGCAGAGGGAGGAGCAGGGCAUCGUGAGGAACGACUUUAUGAACCUGCUGAUCGAAAUGAAGCAGAGGGGAGAGCUCACCAUCGAGGAAAUGGCCGCCCAGGCUUUUAUAUUUUUUGUAGCUGGCUUCGACACAUCCGCUUCGACCCUUGGAUUUGCCCUUUAUGAGUUGGCCAAACAGCCGGAAUUGCAGGUGAAGCUGCGCACAGAAAUCGAUGAGGCGUUACAAUUACAUCAGGGGGAAUUCACCUAUGAUUCCAUGCAGGAGCUUCGCUACAUGGAACUGGUCAUUGCAGAAACUCUCCGAAAAUAUCCAAUACUACCACAGUUAACUCGGAUCUCCAGGCAUUUGUAUGCCGCCAAGGGCGACCGCCAUUUCUACAUAGAGCCCGACCAAAUGAUACUUAUUCCGGUCUAUGGUAUCCACCAUGAUCCCGCCCUAUAUCCAGAGCCCCACAAGUUCAUACCGGAACGCUUUUUGGCCGAUCAACUGGCCCAGCGACCCACCGCCUCUUGGCUGCCCUUCGGCGAUGGCCCCAGAAACUGCAUUGGUAUGAGAUUUGGCAAAAUGCAGACGACCAUUGGCCUGGUCAACCUGCUCCGGAACUUUCACUUCAGCGUCUGUCCGCGUACUGACCCGAAAAUCGAGUUUGUGAAGUCAAAUAUUCUACUGUGCCCAGCUAAUGGCAUUUACCUGAAGGUUCAAAAGCUAAGCCAAUUGGGGAGAUAGCGGUUCUAAUCUAACUGAUUGUA